AUGUCAUACUGCUCUCCUCGUCGCCCUAAUUUCGGUUUUUUUGAACACGGUUGCGCUGCUUAUGGUGGUCUCCAGUUUGAUGGAGGACCAUCAUGCGAUAACCAGCACGAAUCGAGGAGCAUCUUUAUUCCUAAAUAUAACCUUGCCAGGUACUGGCAACGUUUUUAUCUCGAACCUCACUCAAUUGGAUUUCCUUCAUUUCUUUUUCGAAUUGCCAAGGAAAAGCGCUUUAACUUGCCCCCAGGACACUGGCCGUUUGAUACUGACAAUCUGCAGUUGCAAAAUAGAAAUUUACUCACUGGUGCCAGUGAAGACGACACUACGGUGAAGUUAUGGUGUACAGGACAACAAAGUGACAGGAGAAGAAUUUUUGAAUAUUCGGUUCGGCUCAAGCAAGAUGGAAUUACCGGUGAAGAAUGGGAGUUAUUUGCUAAAAAUGGCGAAUUGACCAAUGAACCAAAAUCAGUAGAUGUUCCCUCUUCACUUUUGGAACUUCGCUGCGGAGGACAUCUGGACGGUGAACGAUAUUUAUUUGGACGAUGUGAAGAUUGUUUGUUGGUUGUGAAGCCUGUUUCAAACGCCGCAAUUCCAAUCAUUAACACAAGUGUUUUGGAGUUUUCUUUGGUACCGUACAUGUACAAUGAGGUUAUUCUACUGGAUAGAAAACACUUAUGGUUUGUUGAUUUGGAAACGGCUAUGGGAUUAUCCAGAGUGAAAACUUCUGACAGAAUUACGCAUUUAACGCCUUCCGACCACCCUCGUACAGUUCUUGUAGCUGAUAGUCAAAAGGUAACCGCUGUUGAUAUUCGAGAGUCUUGUCGCAAAGAAAAAUUAUUUUUUUCAAUCCCCGAUUACGAUUCUUGUGAUAGUGCUGCUCCAAAAACCGACUAUGCCGGAGCAUUUCAGGAUCAGGAAAUUAAACAUUUGAAGGCAUUAAAAGACAUUCCAAGAAUUACUGCUGUAGUUACUUCAAGAAAAAUUUAUAUGUUGGAUGAACGUGUUCCUGAGAAACCAUUCAUUGAUAUUGCUCACUCUGUUUUCAAUGGUGGUCACUACGUGUAUGUUGCACCACCAUUCAGAGACGCAUCAAACACACCAUCUCGUAUCUUCACAUUUUAUAUUCUGCAGCACCUGUGUGCUCCAGACGUGCAGCAGUUCUCUUUAUAUGAUCACGGUUUGGUUUCAAAAUGGUCUAUGCUUGCACCCAUAAAGCGGCUUAUGGAGCCAGUCGAUGCGGCAAGGUUUUUUAUGGAACAGCCAAAAUAUGGUAUUCGUUUAACACGUCAUCAACAAAUUUCCUUGUAUGGUAUCGGUCCUACCAGAGCCAUCCAUGUUCAAGAUGGUAUUCUAAACGACAAAUAUGGUCAUGAGCGACAUCUAUUGUUUAGAGUGACUGAUGACGGAAGCAUAUGGGUAGAAUCAGUACGUGUAGCUGAUGACAGCGACUUGAAAGAAAAGGCUUUAUACAGGGCUUCAGAUGAGUUGAGAGCCAGAUUAGUCAAAGUUUCAAAAGUUCCAAGGUGUUUUGGGACAGACGUUACGAUUGACGGACACUCAAGAGAACCUGGAAGUUUCUUAAAAAACGUUACCAGUGCUUCAUUUGAAAACAAAAACCCCAAAUUAAACUUUGACGAUUCACUUUCUCCGCUCACUCUUGUCUCUACAAGUUGCGAGAAACAUGCUUAUGGAUUUCGAGGAUCACUUGGUUCAGCUCCUCCAAGAGAGGGGUUUUAUGGAUCAGCGGGAGGUGACAGUUCAGAAUGGUGUAUUUAUGACAGCGGGAACCUAUCUCAAACUUACGUUGCUCUUUGUUUGCUCCUUAUACUGGGUGAUGACCUUUCGAGGGUAGACAAGCGAGCCGUGCUUGAUGGUGUUGGCUGUUGCCAGCUUCCUGAUGGGAGUUUCUGUUCCCAGCAAGGCUCUGAAAGCGAUAUGCGUUUUGUGUUUACUGCAGUAGCGGUUUGCUUCAUACUAAAUGACUUUUCUACGAUUAAUAUUCCACAGAUGUUAGACUAUAUCAAAAAGAGUGUUAGUUAUGAUGGUGGCAUAGGUCAGGGUCCAGGUUUAGAAAGCCAUGGAGGUUCGACUUAUUGUGCUGUAGCAUCUUUGUUUUUAACUGGCAACCUUUGGACAAAUACAGUAUUAAACCGGAGGCAAAUAGAAAGGUUAAAAAAGUGGUGCUUAAUGAGACAAAGUGAGGGUUUUCAUGGUAGACCCAAUAAACCAGACGACAGUUGCUAUGCGUAUUGGAUUGGAGCAACACUUGAGAUGCUUGAUGCUCACUCAUUUUUCGACCACACUGCCCUCAGAAAAUUUCUUAUGUCAGUGCAAAAUCAGUACAGCGGAUUUGCGCGUAAUCCCGAUAGCCUUCCCGAUCUUCUCCACACGUACUUCAGCAUCGCUGGGCUUUCGCUUAUUCAAGAACCCUUUUUAUGUCCUCUUUAUUCACCACUGAAUAUCAGUCGAAGAUCAUAUGAACGCUUGUUAAAGAUACAUUCUUAUUCUCAUCUGCCGAUAACUUAG